AACUUCAUGUGCAUGAAGUGAAAGAUAAUGAUACUGAUCUACAUACAACAGAACUUAUGUGAUAAUUGGAUUGGAGCCCGGAAUUUGAAUCUACACUUGUUUGUUUAUCUCAGGAACACUUUUGCAAGAAAGACUGGUUUGAAGAGUAUUGUUUAAGGGUUUAUACUGGAAUAACUGGAAUAUUUACUGAGUAAGCUAAUAAUAUGGAACAACUAACAGAACUACCAAUAAUUGACUGCACCAAGAUCAACAUAACUUUGGAUGAUGCUGAAAUUGAUGACAAUGACUUGAGAGAAUUUGGCGAGGACAUCUUUGAAUCCUUCAAGCGAUAUGACGUCACAUCAGCCGUGUUGACAAACCAUGGAAUCUCAGAAGAAGUUGUAAAAGCUGCAGAAAGAGUGACAAGUGAACUGGAAAAACCUGACUUUAAGAAAAUAGCUCCAUAUUUUGCACCAAUGAAACUUGGUGAAGAAUUCCAAAGAAAAUGUGAUAUUCAUAUAGAUGGGGAAGAUGGAGGAAUAGUGAAACACUCAUUUGCAACAAAGCAUGGUGUUCAACUACUAACCAAAAAACUGAUGUUAUUGAAAAAAGACAAAUCAGGAGACACAUUUAAUCCAGAAAAUGGGCGCACUCUACGCUUUGUACCAUCAUUAGCCCAGGUAUCUGUUCUUAACAUUGAUGACAUAAUACCUGGAUUCAACAAAGCAUACAAUGCCUUGUUCUGUGAAUCACUCAAACUGGCCAAACGUGUCCUCACUGCGCUAACCUUUCCUUUACAUACAGACCGGGACUACUUUAACAAAAUGAUUGAAGAUAUCCAUACACCAGGCGAGAAUGGGAGUGCUUUGCGAGGAAAUAUUCUUCCAAAAGUACCCCAAGAUUUUCCAAUUGAUGACCAGGUUGUGAGAAUAAAUGAACACGAAGAUAGGAGCAUUAUAACUAUCCUCCACCAAGCAAAUGUUAAUGGUCUUACAGUGAAGACAAUGUCAGGCAAGAGUGUCCCAGUGGUGCACAAGGGGGACUCAUUACUACUACAAACUGGCAACAUACUGGCAAGGCUCACAUCUGGCAAACUGCCACCCACACCACAUUCAGUGAUGGGUAACAAGGAACAACUACAACAGUCCAGAAUUAGCCACGCCUUUCUCAUAUUUCCCGAUGAAAAAGUUGAGUUACGCUGCAUUGAUGGCAGUGACACCUAUCCACCGGUAUCUGCAUUUAUUCUACUGAACGACCUUGAGAAUCAAGACCUUCAUGGUCUUAAGCAUUGA